CGACAAUUGGUGAAUGUUAUCAACAACAUUUCCGAACUUCGCUGGCCAAACAGCAGCAAGCAAGAGCACAAACGGGCAGGAACAGCAAGUCGCAGCACCAUCAACAUCACCAUGGCGCCGACCAAGGAGCUGGUGCAGUCGCUGUUUGCACCAAAUGUCCUUGUGCUCUGGACAAAAGAAGCAGAGGCAACAUGCAUGCAACGUGGGCUCUCGUGCAAGCAUCUUUUGGCUCCCUUUGGUCGAUCACGCAGCCAGGCUCCUGAUGUUCAAUUUCGCACCCUGGAUGACCUUCGCCCCCUAGUUGUGGAGGACGGCAUCGCCCAGACGAAAGCAGCGGUUACUCAACAUGAAGGCCUGUGUGAAGACUGGAACAUUGGAUCAGGCGUUGCGCCGUGGUUCAACGACUACUGCCACCACUUCUUCUCCCUCAUGCGCCCGUGUGACCACGAGUUCUUUGGCCAUCCGCUCCUCCGCAUCGUCCUCUGCACUGCCAAGGGCGACGACCCCAUCACAUCCAUCGCCUCCUCCCUCUCCUCCCAGAAGCAACGGGAUGCCUUUUCUGCGUUUCCGUAUGUUUCCCAGGACAUUCCCACGUGUUAUCUCCUCCUCUCUGACCAUCAUGACGACGAUGCAACUGUGACCGCCUUCUUGCAGAGGCUAUCCAAUGAUUUCGGCUCCAAGAACUGUUUUCAUGUCCCGCUACAGCAAGCAGCAGAUGGCGACGAGGAACAGGAUGUGUCGGACGUGUGGACGACUGCACUGCCGGCGCUCGCCUCCGCCGCCCAAUCCCGCCCACAGAGCACAACAGAAGAGCCGACAGCGCCGCCCGUUGAUGCCGACCCCCUCUCCGCCAUGGCGUCAAUGGCAAACGCGGAUCCUGAGCGAGUCGGGCUUGCAGCCGGGUUUUGCAUCGCGGAUGUGCAGAAGCUCAAGGACACAUGUGCAGCAAUUGUCGACACGGCGCUCGUGCCGGCCGUUCGCCACCAUGCGCAGCUCCUCUCCGCCGAGGUCACCGCCACGCGCAAGAGUCGAUCAACGUUUCUAAACGCCACUCGGAAGUGGUUUUCGAGCGGAAAAUCGGCCCAGUCUGGCACUGGCCAGGAUCCCUAUGCCCCAGAUUCGUUUGAGAUGCAGACACGCCGCCUUGCUGACUUGCUCUUUAUGAUCAAGGAAUACGACGACGCGUACCAGCACUACCGCCACCUACGCAAGGACUUCAACAACGACCGCUCGUGGAAGCAUCUCGCCGGCGCCAACGAAAUGCUUGCUGCGUGCAUGCUGCUUGAUCCGCGUCUGGACCAGGGCAGAUACGAGAGCCGGCAGCUGUUUGAGAGCGCAAUGGCCACGUAUAACAAGUCUGGCAUGCCUUUCCACACCGCGCGCGUUGCCAUCACCGCUGCUGCAGAUUUCACUGCCCGCACCCAACAUGCGGACGCGGCGGCCACGUUUGUGCGCGUUGUCUCGGAGGAGUCUGAUCUGCGCAGUGCCAUUUUCCUCGAACAGGCUGCGACGUGCUACUUUGCAUCGCCGUCAUCGCGCCGCAAGGCCGCAUUCCACCUCGUCCUUGCCGCUUUUCGCUUCAUCAAGGCGCACCAGCGCAUGCACGCCCGCAGAUGCUACGUACAGGCUGAAAAGUUGUUUUCGGGUCUUGGGUGGCAGCACAUUGAGGAUCACAUCCACCAGUCGCUGGCCAGACAAUGCGAACAACUGGGCCUCCUCCAUAAAAGCAUUGACGCAUAUGCGCAUGUGCUUCGCGAAUGUCCCGGCAGUGCUCGCUCCCACAGCGAUGUGCUCGGCACUUUCAUGCACCUCUACCGGCACCUGCAGGAGAGUGAGGACGCCGCGUCCGCGCCCCCUCCACUUCCUGUUCCAAUCGUCAACAAGAACAUUCGUGUCCGCCUUCAGCUGCAGGCUAAUACACAAGCAGCACACAUCUCCCAACAGGAGGAAAAGGUUGCGGCGUUUAUGAACAAGCCUCAGGUUCAUCAGGCCGCGGUGCUGAGCGACAAGACGACCAACACCUCGCCGGCGACAGUCGUUGUUGAAGAGCCCGUUGGUGUUGAAUUCCAGCUCACGAAUCCUCUGGCCACUUCGCUCCGCCUCACCGCCCUCAAGCUCGUGUGCACGCUGGUCGAUGCUGAUGGCAACGAGUGCAAACCGGACCAGCUUGAGCUCACGGAGAUGGUUGAGAUUGAAAUGGGCGCUGGCGAGGAUGUUGAUGUUGUCCUCACCGCCAUGCCACUCACACAGGGCACACUUCACGUCAAGGGCAUCAGGUACAACAUCCAUCUUGGCCAAUCGGAAAUUGCUGGCCAGCAGCCGCUGUUGGUCCGCGGCAAACGCUUGAACUCAACACACGCCGAGCGAACAGCGUGCGUGUAUGCACCAGACAAGCGGUUGGACUUGCGAGUUGUCUCUGCAAGCCCCCUCUUCACUUACCAGAGCACUCCUCUUCCUGCGGAGGUGUUGCGUGGGCAGGUUGUGACCGUGGAGGUGGAUGUCAAGAAUCAGGGAACAGCACCAACCGCCAACGUCGUCUGCGUCUUUCCAGAACAUGCGUGGAAACCGCACAUUGAGCUUGAGGAUGGCACGCAACUGCCAGCGGAGGGCCAAUGCGUAGACCUCUCCUCGGUGGUGCAACUUUCCCCUGGCGAUGCCACGCGUUUCCGCGCGCGCUUCCAAGUGGCCCCGCACGCGCCAGAUGCGUUUGCGCUGUGCAUUGGCUACCGUGGACAGAACCCACCGCAGCAGCUUCCCUAUCGUAUGGUCACGCUCUCCUGCCGCAUGCGCGCAGCAGAGGGUCCCGCCGUCACCGCCACCAUCAUUCCAACAUCGGCAACGCGCGCCCUGCUUCGCCUCGUCUUCUCCCCGGUGCCUAAGGAUGUGCAGCUGUGCGAGUGCUUAUUGCGCAACUCGCACUGGAUGCUGGACACGAGCACCAUCAUUGCAGACCACGCCCUCCCACCAACGCCUGGUGCCACCCGUGUUGCCCUUUUGCCGUGCGUGCCCGCUACCAGCGCGCCGUCUGCACUUCCGCCAGCCGUUUCACUACAGGUCCCCACCAACAGCACUGGUGCUGCUGGUGCUGCACAGUGGCGACUGCCUGCGUUUUCUUCGGAUGACGGUGUUCAUGUGCUGUGGGAGCGCAAUACGCAGCUUGGCCUUGCCAUGGCAUCCUUGUCCAGCGGCAGCAACACGGCGGGCUCGCCCACAGCCUUCAUUGACGUGCGCAAAUCAUCAAGCUCCGACGCUAGUGAUGCAGAAAACAACAGGCAAACCAGCUGUGUUCACCCCUUCGUGUGUGGCACUGGGUUCACGCCCAGUGAGGAACUUGUGGUGCAAGUGUCACAGAACAGCAAUUCAUCGGGGGCAAGAUGGCUUGGCAAGGAGCGGUACGUGAUCGCCGCGGACGAGCAAGGGCAGUUUAGAAUACAGAUGACUGCGCUUGUGCUCACCGCGGGCCAGACGGUGCUCGACGGCCUUGUCGUCAUCCAAACAUCCACUUCCGCCGAAUUGCACGUGCAGUCUGCAGCUGUCACUGCAUGAGCGAGGGUUGCCUCUGUGAUUAUCUUCCGUGUUCCUUGUCCCUUGGUUGCUGUUAUUGUCCUUCUUCCUUCCUCCUUGUGCGCGCACGUCUCCUUGGUUCUGCAUGUGUUCCUCAUGACACCUCAUCCCUACACUAACUCCCCUUCCCGCUUACUCCCCUGCCCGCUUAGCUUUUGGCUUGCUUGCUUGCUUGGCAUGAAUUUCAAUACAGCAACAACUUGGCUCAAGCAACAACUACACAUACAC